CUUCGGGAGUGAAGUUUCGUUGUAAAGUGUUUGUCACGUGGGCUUCAUCGACGUAACUAACCAAAAAGAUUUCAAUUCCAUUCGAUCGUGAUCGCGAAAAUAAUGUAUUCCUCUAACUAAAAUAACCGAAACUGUUGGUGGAAGGGAAGUGUCAGUUGUUGUGAGGGGGAAACUAUAGCAGAGAACUUCGAUGAUCGGAAUGACGACUUAAUCGCGAGAGAGGAGAGGCCAUCUAGAAUGGUUCUGACCGUGACUGAGGACACACCAGCAGACAUGCUGGCCGGAAGUAUGGAGCUUCUGGUCCAGUUACCUCGGGAACACCACCAUCAGACGCAGAGAGUCACGGUGCAAAGAAGCACACCGAUGAUGGACCUCCUGGUGCAGAUAGUCACUGCUCAUAAACUGUCAGCCUCGAGUUACACCUUGCAAGCGAUUGGAGAGCGUGGAAUGGUCCUACCUCAUCAACCCAACACACCCAUUGGCGCAUUAGAUGCUCUACAGGUGAAGCUGCUACCAAAACAGGGGACUUUCAUCCCCCAAAAGACGAAACAGGCCAACCAACCGUUCGAGACCACUUUCAGGUUGCAGCAGGUGCAUCUGCCCAGGAAUCAGCUGUACGUGUCCAGAGUCAGCCCAAAGAUGAACCUAGGCGAGAUUCUGGACGAAGUCUGCCGCGAGAAGAAUUUGGACAGGAAUAAAUACGAGUUGCGUCAUCCAGCGAAUUUGGAAGAGACGUUGGACCUGUCUCUGUCCCUGCAGGACUACCACCUCCAGGAAGUGACACUUUACGCGAAACAGGGGCGAACUCUAGGCGCUGCCCUAAGCACGCAGGACAUUAUGGCUUUGCAGAGGCAGGAGGAGCGACGGAGGCAGCAGGCGAAGCAGGGUGUCUUUGGAUUCGUGUUCAAGAAGUCCAAAGAGGGCUCUUUGAGCACUGACAGCCUAGGUGGGCGGAGUGCGUCGCCCGCGAGGAGCGACGAGACUGGGAGGAGCACCAGCCCACUGUACCCACCCACACGACCGCAGAGGAAGCGGAGACCAGCGCCCAAACCGCCUGUCCAGACCCAGCCGGAAGUCAGCAACAGUUCUGAAGAGAAUGCUGGAGAUUCUGGAAAGGAGAAGGUGGUGAUCAGCCACAGUCGCAACAGCAGCGACAGUUCUGGCUAUCACGAGGCUUCUGUUCUGAGUGAUAAUCCUGAUUCCGCUGGGAGGCUUCCGGAGACGUUGCCCAGGAGGAACAGGGUGCCUCCUGAGUCUCCCAGGAAGCUGGCUCAUACGUCACAGUCCAGCAAGAGCCUUGGCAACCUGGCCACCGUUUCUGGUACGCUUUCACGUGGAAUUAGCAGCACCUCGUUGAGCUCUACAGGUCUCCGUAAGAAAAGGGCGGCGCCACCUCCCCCGAUAACAAGACCCCUGUCCUCAGCUAUGUCUACGCAAGCGUUGGAACGCAUCGUGGACUCUGAGGAGUCCUUGACCUCCGACAUGGACCCUUCCAAGCCUCCAUCGGACAUUGGAGUGCCGUCCAAAGCAAACUCGGACAUUGGAAUGACCACCGUGGCCCCGAACCUGUUACCAACUGCCUCGAACAUUGACCAAAAGGUCCCCAAAUCCGAUCUGGACCCUUAUCGAAGAUCCGGAUCCAUAAAUAUUAAGUUACCGACCGUCGGAACGGGGGAUCCCGUAGAAGACACCCUCGUAGACGCUAGAGCACCCAGAAAACGAGUUGGCCAACCAAUGCCGGUAGCUAAAUGUAGAAAAGCUUUGGCCAGGCCUGUGGCGCCCCGACGCCAUCUGGCGGCGUCUAGUAGCGUCCCGGACACCUCCAGUAAAUUAGACUCCUCGCCAAGCUCUCCUCGACGUCCCGACGCCGGAAUUCUCGACGAAAAAGGAGCAAAAACAAAGAGAAGUGACUGUUUCGAGGACACGGUGGUGGAUUCCGAUGCGAACAAAAUGGCGGCGGAAGCUAGAAGAGUCCAGAAGAAUUCCAAUUCGAAAAUUGACGCUGUGGUGAUCUCUACGAUACCAAAAUGCGAGCAUUUGCAAUCAUUGACGAACGAACAGCCGCCAUUGCAGUUGGGGGAAGGCAAAAUGGCGCGGGAUACGAAGAUGGAGGGUGGAGAGAACGACCAUAAGAGGGUUAGGAUUCCCCGAACUGCGUCGAAGUCAAACGAUUUUGAAACGAACACUUUGGAGAGACAGAAGCGCCAUCUGACGUCCUCCGAGGACAUUACGUUUGCUUUGAAUAUCAACGUGGCGUCGAAUUUUGGGGACCAACGUGAGGGCGUGGGUGGAGGAGAUCGAAAUCGAGGAUCAGAUGCAAAUCUCUUAGAAACGGACAUGCUGCUGCAGAAGGUGUCAGCCACCCUGUCUCACGCUCUGCCACACCCAGUCUCGAACACUGUACCUGUCGAUGGAGUCUGCCCUGAAGAAACAAACCUAGAAGCAUCGACCAUUUCCAAAGAAAAGGAUUCCUUUGACUCGAAGAGUCCCACGAACGAAGAUUCGAAGCAAAACGACUAUGUAGUGAUGACCAGCACUCCAAAUUUGACUGUAAAUUCCCAGGACACGUCGGACUACGUGUCAGCUGGCGAUGAGGACCUGGUGGAGUGGGAGUACCAGCUUCCAGCACCGCCCACUGCCUUCAGAGACGCUUCCCCUGUCUUCGACAGUUCCCAAACCCUCGUUUCGUCGACCCAGUCUUAUGGGAAUCCCACUACUGAGGCAGAGAAGCCUGAAACUUCAGCUAAAAGGAGGGGCCCUAGGAGUACUUUGACAGAAGAAGAACUUCUGAAAGAGGAAUCUAAAGAAAAAGUGGAAGAACAUGAGAGAUUGGAGACACUACAACGUGUCAAGAGUGAAGAUAAACCUGACACUUCGGAUACACUAGAAAGGGACCCUAGAAACUCGUUUGAAACAGUGGAAGGCCUCCUGGAAGAGAAGUCCGAAGAGAAGAUGAAGAAUCCUGAAAAAUUGGAGGAUAACUCGAGGCUGGAAGCGCCCCAAGCUUUCAAAAAUCCCAGAACCGAGAAGAAACCUAACAUUUCAGUUAAAAGGGACCUUAGGAACUCCUUGGUAGCGUCAGAAGAGGGUCUCUUGGAAGAGAAGUUUAGGGAAAAGCUUAAGAAACGUGAAAGAUUGGAUGGUGAUUCGAGGUUGGAAGUCUCCCAGACCUUCAGAAAUCCCAAUACUCGUGAAGACCUGUUGGAGAAUGAAUCCAGGGAGAAAAUAGAGCAAAAUGAAAGACUGGAUCGUCAGUUAAGGUUGGAAGCGUCCCAGUGUCUCAGAAGUCCCAACAUUUCAGAUGAAAAGGACCCUAAAACUCCACCGAAGACGCCAGAGAACCUGUUGCAGGAGGAGUUGAAGAAAGAAAUGGAGAAACGUGAGAGAUUGGGUGACAAUUCGAGGAAGGAGCCAAACUUUGACUCGUCGACGCCCAGGGUUGCUCCCACGGACAACACUCUGUCGAAUUUCACUAUUACCACCUACACAGGCCAGCAGGAUCGAUUCCUAGAGUCCAAGAUGGAGGAUUCUAGCGACUACCAGGAGAAGAAGAGUCAGGAGCCGAAACCAAAGACCAAAGAGCUGUUAAAUAGGUCCAGCAAUGUUCAGAGGUCCAAGAGCCACGUGCCUGUGUGGGACAAGUCCAAAUUCCAAGGGAAUGGCGCUGACUUUAGGGGUCUGGUGGACAUGAACAACCCGGGGACGAGGUCUAAUGGUUUGAACGUCACCAGGAACAAUGAGAAGUUCUCACAGUGGAGAGACAACAGCUUGAAGCGACAGGGAGAACCCACCAAAGAGAAACAGCUGCAAUCUUUGCAGGUACUGAAAACCAUUUUGCCGCAGUUGAAAAAUGCUCAACAGGCGGAGGAAAAUGUGCCCAAAGAAUCCGACGAUACAGUAUUAUCAGAGAAAACAAGAUCAAAGAUGGCCGCCACAGAUUCUAACGGCGACCUUUUCAGAGGACCGAUCGACGAAAAGAGCGAUUCCAAACGAUCGUCAGAGCCGAUAUCGAAGCACUAUACUUACGCAGGCCCGCCCGCGAUCAUUCUAGGCAGCUGGUCAGAGCGUCAGCCCGCAAACGUGCAAAUAAAAAUGGACACGGACUAUAAAUUAGGCUCGAACGAGAUUGCUCCGACCAUAACUAGCUCAAGAACCGAGUUGAACCACGAAGACAGUCGCAAUCGGCGUGGAAACACCGAAAAGAACAACGGAUUCCAUGGGAAGAGUGGGUCCAAAGACCUGGCCAAGAAGCUCAUAGCUCACACGACGCCAUUGGGCUUCAAAAAGCCGCAUAAUGACGACGACAGGCCAAUGGUGACUGCAGUCGAGCUGAAGAAGAGUUUCGCGGAUGAUAAGCAGGACGACAACGUGAUAGACACGUCCCCGAUGAAUUUUAAGCAGCUUUCUAGGGUCUUCGGGCAGGAAGUUUGCCUUCGAUCGAAACCUAAGCGAUUGGAGGCAAAUUCGAGGAAAGAAAAUGAACCUUCGAAGGGUUUCAACGCGUUCACAGAGUCGAGGAACGGUGACCAGAGAUCUGGGUUGCCCACGAUGCCUGUGAUCACUGGAGUGACCCUGAAGAGCGCUAGAUCGAAGUCUGCGGUGGUCCAGGACUCGAGGGACGCGUUGUUAGAGUCUAUACGCAACUUUGGGGGCCGAGAAAAUCUGAAGAAUGCCAUGGAAAGAUGCUGAACGACCUGGGGGCCUACAAAGUGUUGCGAAAAACGGAUAUUUUAGAGUAUUCAGGGACUUUUACUUCCACGGCAUCCGGAAGGAAAAUGGCGACCUGUCGUGUGGCCCUAGAGGCAACAAAUUAGCGAUGGGUGGGGAUUUAUUUAUGUAUCUUUUGCUCUAUCCUGUUUUAGACGCGAUUCCAAGCGUUUAUUGUAAAGUCGAGCAUAAUUUAGGUUGUAAAGGGAUAAUUGUCUGGAAUGACUCAAUAUGGCCGAUGGGCAGCUACAGGAUCAAGUCAUUCUCGUGUAAAUAUCGCGUGUAAAAAGUCAAUUUUCCCGCCAAUCGUGUCCAAAUAGUCAUCGAGUUUGCUCAUUGCGCCACGCAGAUUUUAACCGUUAAGUUUUCCCUCCAUUUUGUUCUCCGACCGUCGGGUUUCAAGCAAGAACGUAGCCAGAGAAUGGCGAAAAUUCUAGAUUAAAUUCCAAUCAACGAUCGUGUAUAAUAUUUAAAAAACAAUGGAUGUAAAAUUAAAUUCUCACAAUUUGCAAUUAACCAAAAAAAUGGCUACGCUCUUGUUUUCGAGUCUCUAAUCCUUACAAUUAGCGUUAAGUAUCUAUCAGUGGGACCAAAGGUGAUAUCUUCUACUUUCUUAAGCAUAACUAUGGAUUACUAUGUUUCUUUCUUUUUUUUUUUUUCUCCGAGAAACAAUGUCUGUUAUUGUUAGAAUCGAAGAAACUGCGAUGAAGUUUCAAAAGAAAUGGGG